AGAGGCAAAGUGACUUCCUCCGUGUGUUGGGAGGAAGCAGCCCGCUGCGGCACCCACUGUCAAAGGACAGGCAGCAGGUUGGGAGCUCCCCGGAGUCUGCGUUAGAGCCCAUCACCAAUUCUGCAGGAAAGGUAAUCAUGAGAAGACAGAAGACCGCACGAGGUGAAGAAAGUGCCUAUGGUUUAGAAGAUGACACGGCGGCGGGGCAGGAGCCCAGGCUGCUGCUCCUCCUGGCUGGGAAGACGGGGGCAGGGAAGAGCGCCACGGGAAACUGCAUCCUGGGCCAGAAGCACUUCGUCUCCAGGCUCGGGCCCACGGCGGUGACCAGAACCUGCAUGGUGGGGAGCUGCAGGUGGGCCACGUGGGACAUAGAGAUCAUUGACACCCCAGACCUUUUCAGCUCCGAAGUCUCCCAGACAGACCCCGGGUGCAGGGAGAGAGGCCGCUGCUACCUGCUCUCGGCCCCCGGGCCUCAUGUCCUGCUGCUGGUGACCCAGCUGGGCCGCUUCACCGCCCAGGACCAGCAGGCCUGGAGUGGGGUGAAGGCACUGUUCGGAGACGGCAUCGUGGCGCGCACCAUCGUGGUCUUCACCCACAAGGAGGACCUGGCGGGGGACUCGCUGCAAGAUUAUGUGCGUGACACGGAGAACCGCGCGCUGAGGAAGCUGGUGGCCGAGUGUGGGGGCCGAUUCUGUGCCUUCGACAACCGAGCCACCGGCGCGGAGCGGGAGGCGCAGGUGAUGGAGCUGAUGCGGCUGGUGGAGGGCCUGGUGAGGGACCACGGCGGCGCCCCCUACACCAAUGAUGUGUACAGCCUGGCGCAGGCCCUGGGGGGCGCUUGCUCCGAGGAGAGGCUCCGCAAGGUGGCAGAGAGAGUGGCCACCCGCGUGCAGAAGCAGCAGAAACUCUGGCUGUUGGCCUGGCUGUGGGAGUGGCCCUGGAUAAGGUGGAGCCUCGGCUUGGCCAUCCUGCUGGGCACAGUGGCCUUGUACCAGCAGAUCUCCAGGUACCGUCCUGAUGACUUGAUAAGCAUCCUCUGCCCACUGCCUUCACAGCCAGAGAUUCUCGGGUCACUGAUGACUUCAGAUCACUAAAGAGACCUGUGAAAAGAGAAAAUGGUCUGCAACAGCUGAGCACAUAUUGGAAAGCGAGGCUCACGAACCCUGCAUAGACGCCACUGCAAACACUUACAGGAACACCAAUGCCAAAUGCUGAGACCUGAAGUUUCCUCAGCUACAAAGGUCAUUUUGAUUUAAGGGGUUGUGUGCAGAUGCCAGCAGAGGCCCUGAGAUGAGAUACUGAUUUGGGUCUUCUUCACUUUUCAAUAUACUCUUGGAGUAAACAAACAAAA